AGUGGCGCUCGUCUAAGCUGGUCACGUUCAGUCGUGUACUCAUCGUUCUACGGGACGGUUCCGUCCCGAACUGUUCCAGUUUGUUUCGAUAGUCUAAAAGUAUUGUAGUGGUCCUGUAUGCUGAGUGAUUUACAUAUAGCAAUUAGACAUAUUUUUUGGAAUUUUGUAACCAGCACCACAUCAAGAAUAGAAGUAACCGGUUCUAGUGCUUCUUACUGAUUUCGAGUACCCUUCGACGACGACGUCAUCAUAAGGAUCCUGCUUAAGAGUCAAGGAAAGGAAAUCAUUGAAAGCUCACAUAUGCUAGUUAACGCCGUUCUAAGAUUAUUGGUUCAACAGAGCGACACACUUCCGCGUAGCAAUUGCACCCUUCAAGACCGGUGUGUGUGAAAGUGUGAACAGAAUACAGCUUAAAAGAAUUGUACAUGCGGCGUUGGGUUCUAUUCCUCCACAUGUCCUUACCGUACAGCGCGUGAGGUAAAGUUUUCACCCGGAAGUGGUUUGGUGCAGAAUCUUGCAGUGCGCCCAGUUGUGUGACCGUGUCAACUCACUGGUGUACAACUUGACCGUACGGGUUGAGCGAUGGCUGUGACGCUGAAACAGGAGGUUAAUUUAUCGCGCCGUGCCUGCAGGCCCACAGACUGCUCACGAGAGCAGAGGACGCUGUUGACGCCCCCAGUAGCAGGCAUCAGUGACUGUCGGCAUUACAGCAGCGCUAGUGCUUGUGGUGAACAAGGUGCUAACCACUUGGUGACGAUACCGGCAAAGGAACUCACGGAUUGCUGCACCGGCCAAAGUGGUAGCCUUCUGACGUGCCUACUGGCUACCCUCGUGAUGUGUACGGGUCAAGUGUUAUUAAAGCUGCGCCACCGCAGCACCGGUGGCUGGGUGCUGCAUCAGCCACGGCUCGGCAGCUUGUGUAUAUAUGUAGUGUUCUGCAGCGCUUUACUAUCUCACAAUGCCUUCGUUCUAGCUAGGCCAAACCUAAGCGCACCGGCCAGCGGCGAGAAGGUGCCGGUCGGUCAAUUAUCGCCUCUGGAUUUGGCGUUCGAUGCCAGUAGCGGAUCGCUAACGAGCGCGAGUCAAUUAAAACGUUCUGCCGAGGCGUCAGCCAUCAUCGCAUCGACCUCGCCAUCGUCGGACGUCGGCGUUGGCCAUAGCAAUGAGAUGGUGGUCGAACACGGCAAAGCCGGAGAGGGCGAACACGGCGACGAACAUAACUACGAGCGGUAUCCUGUUUCGCAGGUGGAGUUUUCCCGCGUCGAAACUCCGUUCGUGAUCGGCGUCUGGAUACUGUCUGCUAGUAUAGCAAAGAUUGGGUUCCAUAUGACGCCCAAGCUGAGUCGCAUUUUCCCGGAAUCCUGCCUGCUGAUCGUUGUCGGCGUCAUCAUCGGUGCUCUGCUGCGGUAUGCAACGAACCUGCACGUGUCACCCCUGACACCGAACACGUUCUUCUUCUACAUGCUGCCACCGAUCAUCCUCGACGCCGGAUACUUCAUGCCAAACCGCAUGUUUUUCGAUAACAUUGGCACCAUCCUCCUGAUGGCUGUGAUUGGCACGAUAUUUAAUAUCGCCACCAUUGGUAGUUCGCUGUGGGCUUGCGGUCAGACCGGCAUCUUCGGCGUCGACUUACCGUUCCUGCACAUCUUCCUCUUCUCUUCGCUGAUCGCAGCCGUCGACCCGGUGGCGGUGCUGGCUGUCUUUGAGGAGAUACACGUCAACGAGGUGCUGUAUAUCGUAGUGUUCGGUGAAUCGCUGCUUAACGAUGCUGUCACGGUCGUAAUGUAUCAUAUGUUCGAGGUGUACAACAAAAUUGGUGUUGACGAAAUCAUAGCCGUUGACAUUGUGUCGGGCAUUGCGUCAUUCUUUGUGGUUGCACUCGGCGGUACCAUUAUCGGUGUCAUCUGGGGCUUCCUGACUGGAUUGGUGACACGAUUUACCGAUCACGUGCGCGUUAUCGAGCCGAUCUUCAUCUUUGUGAUGGCUUAUCUGGCGUACUUGAAUGCGGAAAUUUUCCACAUGAGCGGUAUCCUUGCCAUCACUUUCUGUGGUAUAACGAUGAAAAACUACGUCGAGCAAAAUGUGUCGCAUAAAUCACACACUACUAUUAAGUAUGCACUGAAAAUGUUGUCCUCCUCGGCGGAAACGAUUAUCUUCAUGUUCCUUGGUGUUGCCACCGUUAACAACAAGCAUGUGUGGAACACUUGGUUCGUUUUGCUGACAAUAAUCUUCUGUUCGGUGUAUAGAAUUUUAGGUGUUUUGAUACUGUCAGCGUUAGCGAAUCGUUUUAGAAUUCACAAGCUAACUAAAGUAGAUCAAUUUGUUAUGUCUUACGGAGGCCUUCGAGGAGCUGUUGCGUUCGCUUUAGUGCUACUGGUGGACGAGGAUCACAUUCCGCUGCAGCCAAUGUUCUUGACGACGACGAUUGCGGUCGUUUACUUUACUGUGUUCCUGCAGGGCAUCACCAUCAAACCGCUAGUCAAAAUUUUGAAUGUAAAGCGUUCAAACAAGCGCAAACCAACCAUGAACGAACGUAUCCACGAACGGUUUAUGGAUCACAUGAUGGCCGGCAUUGAGGAUAUCGUUGGCAAGACGGGCAACUACAAUAUACGCGAUAAGUUUAAGAGAUUCGACAAUAGGUUCAUUCGUCCAUAUUUGAUCAAGAAUUUACAGGGUCCGGAGCCGAAGAUUUUGGAAACCUACUCUAAGCUAACGAUGCGCGACGCUAUGGACUACAUGCGACGUAACCCAUCCACCAUCGGACAAAUGUCUGGAACUGAAUCAAUGAGUGCAUUAUUUAGAAACUACACGUCCUACUUCGGCGGAAGCCCUAGCUUUACGAACCUGGAAAAUUCGACCCGCAACCUAGACAUGCAGGAGCUGGACUACAAUCCUUCGAAGAAAGACUUAACGGAUGCCAAAAUACACCAUUUGCUGUCGGAAGAGCUUAAACCAUACCGCCGGCAUCGAAGACUUAGCUAUAGCCGCCAUGCUGUUGAUGAUCGUGAUCUUUCAACACAGGUCAACUAUAAAAUGCAGAUGAACAUACGCCGUAUGAUAAGUGAAAAGAAACAUCACAAGCGUAGCAAACGUGUCAAGGACGGCAAGCAGCAAAAUCACGUCUCGUUUCCGGAAUUCGUGCAGAACGGAUCGGCGAAACAGUUUGCGAACGAUUACAUCAACGAAGUGCUGCACGAGGACAACGAGGACGAAGAAAGGCAGGCGGGACCGUCGGAAGACUGGGACGGAGGUGGCCUUACCUUUACCGCCAAAUCAUCGCUGGACGAAAGAGGAGCAAACAAGGAAGACAAAAGGUUUUCUCGCGAAUCACGCUUUUUGGAAUCGGAACAACGUGUCGCAACACCAACAGCUAUCGAAUCGGUUCUACCCUGGAAGCGAGUGGACGAAAGUGACGAUAAUGGUGCUAUCAAACAGAACGAAUUCCCAUCGUGGGCUUCGAAUAAGGAGUAUCUAGCUUACAAUUCACCAAGUGCAACAUUUUUGGGUGGCUUAACGCAACCUAAACAGGCUAAGUCCGUAAUAGGUCUGUUCCGGCGCGAGAGUUCCGGUUCCGGUGGGGUCGUCAUCGGCGGGGUGACUGAUUCCGAGACAUCGACCCCGGUGGCGGCAACCACACCGGUAGGCCGAGUGGCCAUACCCAAGGACAAACGGUCGGCCUCAAUCGCCGGCUACAUCACGAUCGAUGGCGGAGAUACGGCUGGCAACCCGAUGCUGGAUCCGCUCGGUAUUUCCCGGGCUGGACCACACGCGACUGCAUUCCCGGUCACCGCUAGCCAUCGGCGCAACAAUCGCCGUGGUUCGAUGCUGGAGCUAAGCGGCGAGGCAAUCCCAGAAGAAAACUACACCAAAUCUCUGCCCGAACGAGACAAGUAUGGAACCCGCCGAGGACCAGCUCUAAUCAAAGCAUCAUCCACCAACACACCGAAGUCGGCCGGGCGACGUUCGGGUGGUCCGGUGAACCCGCAAACAACGGCCCUCCUGUCGGCCAGCUCGACCGAUUCGGACGAGGAUGACGAUGAGGAGGAUGGGCAUGAUAGCCAUCGGCAUCAUCAGGAUAGUCGCGAUGAUGCAACGCGUCGAUUAAACGGCGAUGGAAACAACGACGAUGAGGAGGACGAUGAGGACGACGACGACGAGGACGAGGACUGUGCGGACGAGCAGCAUCCCAUAUGAGAAAUAUUCAUCUAGGGUAGUCGUGCGGACUAUCGUGGUAAAUUUUAACGCCCAAUCCUCAAUGGCAGGAGAAAGGCUUCACUGGUUUGCGGUCGACCAAGCAAAAUGCGGCCGAAACACAAAAGCACAAUUCGUGAUCGAAGCAGAUUGCAAGUAACAUUCAGCGCUUCUUCCAACUCGUUCCCCCCGCACUCCGCGUAAUUCCGAUGCCUUAGCGGAGGAUGUAGAACAUGUAGAACGGAAAACCGAAUUUGAAUUCUAUCGGUUUGCAUUACCAAGCGUAACGUGGCGUUACGCACACUGUUCCCGCAGAUUCUGUAAGAUGAAAAGUGUCACAGCAUAAUGCAAAAACGAGCGAGAAAAAUAGUAAAUCCAUCAGUGGGGUAGCAAAGAACAGCAAACGAACCACAACAUUGAUCGAGGUAAUUCAAGUAUCCGGUGGGAAAAUAAUUACUAUUACUAUUACAACUACUACCACUACUACUACUACUACUACUACUGCUAUUUACUACUACUAUCGAUCGUUCGUGUUAUGUUGCUGAAAGUAUUCGAAAUCAUUCCGGUUGCGUUUAGGUAAGGUUAGGGAAAAAACUCCGUCAACUGUCAAAACUGAAAACAAAACUGCACGCCGUACUUAGUGGACAACCUUAGUGGACAGAUAGGCGCAGCAAGGGACGUUAUAGUUUAUUUUGGGAGAAAUUAGAUUUUAAAAGACGACCGUUUAAAAAAGAAAACAAAAAAAAAACAAUCGAUCAUUACGUAUACAUAUAAACGGGGUUAGUAGGAAGUAUAAAUGUUUUAGUUUAAAAUAAUUUAAUAACGGCGGGUGUAAAUUGAGAAGAAGAGAAUUACACAAUGCAACAUAAUUUGGUGCUAUUCUAAAUGCAAGGUAGGGUGAUACUAAUUUUUCGAUCGAAAUGAAUCUUCCUCUCACACACACACACACUGAUGCGUUUCACGGAAGAAUACUUGCUGCUUCCACGCGAAACGCAACAGAAAGUAGACAAAGGGUGGGGAUCAUAGGGAUUUUUCUGAUCGAAAAAAAAACGGUGUACUUAAAACUAGCUAAUUAAAUCCUUGCUAUUUUGCGCGUGCAGUUAGCUGCUGCAUUCACUCCGAUGAUGACUGUCGCUUGUUUAGUGAGAUUUGCGCGAAAACGCUAGCACAAAACCCACCCUCUUCCCUCAACCAUCGAAAUAUGGAACUGAUACGAACGAUUUUAUCAGCUCUACAAAUGCUAGACAAUUUCAAUAUUAGAAACAAUUUUUAACUAAACACAGUCACCGUUUUGCAAUGGAUGAGCCGAAGGUUAGAUUCCCUUUAGAAAAGCCACAAAGUGUCACAUACGUACACGUCAGUUACCAGAUAUCCGUCUAACAGGAACAUGCGUUCCGUUGGAUAGGUGUUAAGAUGCUUAGAAAGGUGAAUUCCCAAACUUGUUAGAAGGAGUUAAAACAAAAAACCCACUACCACAUCAGAAGUUUUUCUUUUAUAAUAAAAAAUAUUCCUGUUUUAGUUUAAUGCAAUCUUAGGACAAAGUUUGAUCGGAUCGGUUUAGUUGUCUUUACCAUAACUCCAAAGAAGGAACCAUUUUGCUCUACUCCAAUGUACACCAUACUAUAAUACCAGUGGAAUAUUUUCAAAACCAAACAAAAAACCGUUUCUUUUUUUAACUUAUUACUUCUUCUUUGCCAAAGGUAAUAGUGUGAACAAAGGGUAAACACAAAAACAGGUAAACAAAUAGUGUAGCAAAUAUAUGGACAAAAAAAAAAAAACCAUACACACACACACAGCAAUUAUAUUACAAUGGCGCAAUAGUUACUUAUCCAACGUGAUCUUAGUCCAUGCCUUUUAGGCGGCUUUUGGCGCUAUUACGCUACUUAGUUUCCGUGUAGUUAAGUUUAGUGUUUCGUUUAGUGUUAGAUCAAUGACACAAAACAGAGGUAUUAUUACACAACAGUAUCGAAGCGUAAGCUAGCAUUAGCUUCUAGGGUACGCGACGUGGUAUACCUACUGGUAUGUAGGUUUUGAGUGCGAACACCAGUAAGAUAUUCAGCAAGUAGCAAUUAUUGCAUUAUUUUUCACAUGUGUGAACUUUAUUGUAAAGAAGAGACCUUUAGCAAUUUGGUUUAUUAACCGUUUUAUUUUUUUUUUACUUACUUUUCAAACACCUCUGAUACUUAAACAUCCAUUCGGUGCACAACAAUGGUAGUCUUUUACACAUAUUAUUUGCAUUUGUUUUUGUUUUGUUUUAAAUAAAUGCUUCGAUAUUAACGUUUCAGAUAAAUUUAAACAAUUUCCAUUUAUAUUGUUUGUUAGUUUUAAUUUAAAAAAACAUUAGCUUGAAAUUAUUUGAAACAAAGGAGAAAUGAAACAAUUACCAGUUCAUUUCAUUUGGUACAUGCUUUAAAGCGAAAUACAUCGGGAAACAUAAAUUAAACGUGGAGUAAGACGUGGCCAAAAUUUAUUGCGUAGGGUCGUUGCAUAUCCCCCCUCUUCCGUGUGACUCUGUAAAACGGCUUAAACAACAACCACGUUGUCCGAGUGGAAUGCGAUAAAUAAAACUAAACAUUAUUGAUAAUUGAACUUAUAAUGACUGUAGGUCAACAUUUUACGGCAAACGGUUGCCACGUGUGGUGCAAAUAGUUAAAAGUUACAAACAAAACCGCAACACCAUUCUUGCGGCAUAGAACGCUUAUUUCUGUCCACCAGUGGCGCCAGGGACGAACAAAAAAAACAACAACAAAACACUAUCUAUAUCCCACACUUUCCCCACACGCAGCAAAACAAAACCCCAAAAGCCGCCGAUACUUUCCCUCUUCCAACGCAACGGUAGAGCACACGCGAGCUGCAGAAAUGCACCGUUUCAAUGCACGUAAAGUGAUGCAACUAGGAACAUGGGUUGACGAUGAAAGCCAGUACACUUACGAUCACUACGCUGUGAGAUGAAAAAGAACUGAAACAUAAAAAAAUGGAAACCGAAUAGAACGCGAAUGUGCGUCAACUAGCCGAAAGCUACAAGGCAGGAGCACAACUAUAAAACUAUGCACAAAUGACCGAAAUGAUGAAUGUUUGAAAAUGAACACGUUUAGCUACGGACACGUUACACAAUCAUCUGGAAAUGAAUGAAAAAGAAACCAAACCAUUAUAUAGACAACACCAGGGAUGUAUACUAUUGUUGUCACAGUUUCUUAUGUCUCUUUAUGCGGGCAAAGGAUUCAAAGAAAGAAAACAAACAAACAAACAAACAAUACCGUACGGGUUUGAGUUGAUACGGCUCGUAGAUAAAGAAGAAGAGAAUGUAAACGAUGAAACUUAAUGGAUCAAGAAUAGAUAAGAGUAUAACAAAACAAACGGUUAAGUAGAAAGGAUAGCGAAAGGUAAGCAGAAGCAACAAGAGUGUGAGUAUGAAGCGAAGCAUGUGAAUACGAACAUACAGAGAGUGUAUAAUAAAAGUGAAGGAGAAUAUUAAGAAACAUGAAA